AUGGGAAACUUCUUCAGCUCGAUGUUUGACCGUCUGUGGGGCGUCAACAAGGAGAUGCGAAUUCUGAUCCUGGGGCUCGACGGUGCGGGCAAAACUACCAUUCUGUAUAGGUUGCAGAUUGGUGAGGUGGUUACGACAAAGCCCACGAUUGGAUUCAACGUGGAAACUCUCGUGUACAAAAAUCUCAAGCUCAACGUUUGGGACUUAGGAGGACAGACCAGUAUCCGGCCCUACUGGCGAUGCUACUACUCGAAUACGGCUGCAGUGAUCUUCGUGGUCGAUUCUACCGAUAAAGAUCGUAUGGCUACCGCUUCGAAAGAACUUCACAUGAUGCUGCAGGAAGAAGAGCUGCAAGAUGCCGCGUUACUAGUAUUUGCCAACAAACAGGACCAGCCCGGCGCGCUCAGCGCCUCCGAAGUGUCCAAACAGCUCAGUCUGGUGGAGCUUAAGGAUCGUAGUUGGAGUAUUGUCGCUUCCAGUGCCAUUAAGGGCGAGGGAAUUUCUGAGGGACUCGACUGGCUCAUAGACGUCGUCCGCGAGGAACAAUUGUAG